AUGUCCCGGUUGUGCGCAUCAGAGAGAAAGAGAGAGAGAGAAAUGCGCCCUGAGGGAGAGUGAGACAGGACACAGGCUCAAAUCGACAAGAAGGAAGAAAGAAGGGGACGGGAAUAAGAGUAGGGGGUUAUUUUCUAAGAGAGAGAGAGAGAGAGAGAUCAAAGUUCAGCUUGUUUUUUAAGAAGACUACAGCUGUAACAGGUCUGUGGUGUUGAUAAAGCACACGUGGUGUGUCAGUUACUGAUCUGCUGCUCAGCCAUAAGAGUUUGGAUUUUGUCAUAAAUUUCCUCUUCCUGUUCUCCUGCCACUGGGCCUCAGGCCUGAGCCAAACUGUCUGCCAUGGUACUGAUCCUGGGAAGACGGCUAAACCGGGAGGAUUCGGGUGUCCGCGAGUCUCCUGCCGUCAAGCGCAAGGUUCUGGAGAUGGACACCAAAACUCUGAGCAGUCAUGAUGUGUUUGACUUCUCCUCAGGCCCGAGCCAUGCUGAGAGCAUCCUCCAGAUGUUCAAUGAGUUCCGUGAUGGCCGGCUCUUCACCGACGUGGUGAUCAGCGUGGAGGGUCGUGAGUUCCCGUGUCACCGCGCCGUGCUGUCGGCGUGCAGCAGCUAUUUCCGCGCAAUGUUCUGUAAUGACCACCGCGAGAGCCGCGCCAUGCUGGUGGAGAUCAAUGGCAUCCGUGCAGAGGCCAUGGACACCUUUCUGCAGUACGUGUACACAGGCCGGGCGCGCAUCACCACAGACAACGUGCAGUUCCUAUUCGAGACGUCCAGCUUGUUCCAGAUUGGGACGCUGCGUGACGCCUGCGCCAAGUUCCUCGAGGACCAGCUGGACCCGUGUAACUGCCUGGGCAUCCAGAGGUUCGCCGACGCCCACUCGCUUAAGCAGCUCGCUAGCCGGUGCCGUAACUAUGCCCUGCAGAGCUUUGCCGAUGUGGCGCAGCAUGAAGAGUUCCUGGACCUGCGCCGUGACGAGCUUGAGGAGUACAUCUCCAGCGACGAGCUCGUCAUUGGCAAGGAGGAGACGGUGUUCGAGGCUGUCAUGCGCUGGGUCUAUCACAACAUUGAACACCGGCGUGCCGUCCUGCGUGACCUCCUGACCCACGUCCGCCUGCCGCUGCUGCACCCAAACUACUUUGUGCAGACCGUCGAAGGCGAUCAGCUCAUCCAGAACGCUCCAGAGUGCUACCAGCUGCUGCACGAGGCACGGCGGUACCAUGUACUGGGCAAUGAGAUGAUGUCACCUCGGACACGCCCGCGCAGGUCCACGGGUUUCUCGGAGGUCAUCGUAGUGGUGGGCGGCUGUGAGCGAGUUGGAGGCUUCAACCUGCCGUAUACCGAGUGCUACGACCCUGUUACAGGAGACUGGAAGUCACUAGCCAAACUUCCUGAGUUCACCAAGUCCGAGUAUGCAGUGUGUGCCCUCCGGAACGACAUCCUGGUCUCAGGAGGCCGCAUCAACAGCAGAGAUGUGUGGAUGUACAACUCACAGCUCAACAUCUGGAUCCGAGUGGCGUCGCUGAAUAAAGGACGCUGGAGACACAAAAUGGCCGUCUUACUGGGAAAGGUGUAUGCAGUGGGCGGUUACGACGGUCAGUCGCGACUCAGCAGCGUCGAGUGUUACGACUCUUUCUCCAACCGCUGGACGGAGGUGACCCCCAUGAAGGAGGCCGUGAGCUCUCCGGCGGUGGCCAGCUGCGUCAACAAGCUCUUCGUCAUCGGAGGAGGUCCUGACGACAACACCUGUUCUGAUAAGGUCCAGUGCUACGACCCGGAUUCAGACAGCUGGUUGCUAAGGGCCAACAUUCCCAUCGCUAAGCGCUGCAUCACUGCCGUGUCCCUCAACAACCUCAUCUACGUGUCUGGCGGAUUGACAAAAUCCAUCUAUUGCUAUGACCCCAUUGAGGACUACUGGAUGCACGUCGUACACACCUUCAGCAAACAGGAGAGCUGCGGGAUGUCGGUGUGUAAUGGGAAAAUCUACAUCCUGGGCGGUCGCAGUGAGAGCGGCGAGGCGUCGGACACCAUCCUGUGCUACGACCCGGCCACAGGGAUCAUUACAGGUGUAGCGGCGAUGCCACGCCCCAUCUCCUACCACGGCUGUGUGACCAUCCACCGCUACAACGAGAAGUUCUACCACUCAUGACCUCAACAUACACACAGGAGCUGUGUCCUCACACACACACACACACACACACACACACACACACACACACACACACACACACACACCUCUGCAGGAUGGAGAUCACCUGAGCUGAGUGUCGAGAGUGUGUGUGUGUGUGUGUGUGUGUUAGUAUUUACACUGUAAACUUGUAAUCUAUAAAAAUACGGUAAAAGUUGCUCAGAGGAAACUAAUAACAGCUUUAAUGAGAAUAAUUUAAAGAUUAAUUCUGUAAAUGCAUUUCCAGUCAAAUCCUCAUUUGAAGAAUCAUUUGUCGUUAAUAUUUUAAUUUAAUAAUCAUUUCAUUAAAUUUAAAUUCCAGCUGCAGAAAAAGAUUUGACAUGAAGCAAUAGCGUUAAAUAUCAUUCAAUAUUACACAUAUGGACCACUUUUUCCAUGGAAUAAUAAAGUUUUCUAUUCCCUUCUAAGCGGGUUUAUUGAUGGUGUGCAAUAUUGUUAUCAUAUCGCUUAUCCUCCGUGUAUUAUACCACUCUCCCCAAGCGUGCGAUAUUGUUAAAAUAUUGCAUGUUGUCAAGACAACACGAUGUCACACAUCGGAGCUCAUGUGAAGAUUCAAUGACAAAACGUUUCUGUUGCGCAUGUGCACAAUCAUUUCUUUGUCGGUCAGGAGAGAGAGAGAAGACGGGGUUAAUCCAGUGCUACUGCUAGGAUUAGCUAUGCUAUAAUUAAUUAAGCACUAAAUAAAUAAACCAAAGACGUGCUGGACACCCAAAAGCUACCAAAACUUCAUUAUAUAGUCUUCAUGCGUAUUUACAAGAGAAAAACAUACCAACGGACAUCGAAAAACUGGAAAAGAGACACGUCAGAGAUGUAAAACUUGCGUGCUAGUGAGUGACUGUGACAGCUUGCAAACAAAUAUGGCCGCCAGGUUUGUGUCAUUAAAUACGGAAGAUUGGGAGAGAAUUUUGGCUGUAGGUCGCUCUGUUGUGUGUAGCUGUCGAUGUUGAUUUUAAAAAUAAUGAAGUAAAUCACACAGGGAAAUUAAUAAUAAUAAUAAUAUUCUUGACUGCGCAAGCAUUGGCACUGAGUCAUGGGUCAGCUAAUGUUGGCUUUCGCUAACGCUACACCAGCUGGAAGGUUACUGGACUGCCACACUAACAGCACCAAGUCGCAGGUCAGCUAACGUUGGCCUUCGAGAAUGCUGAUAUGAAGAGAGUGUGUAUGUAUUAAUAAUAAUAAUAAUAAUAAUAAUAAUAAUAUUGGCUGGCUUUUUUUCGUGGUAUAUCAGAUAUAUUCCAUUCAGCUACCCGUCUUUGACUCAUUCAAUAUCAUGCUGGCUGAUUGGAAUAGAUCUGAUAUACCACCCAAAGCCAGACAAUAUUAUUUAAAUAUUUUUUGGUACAUUUCUCUGUUCAAGGCACUCAAGUAUCACAGUAAAUAGACAUUUUAUUUUAAGUUACUUUUAUUCGAAAUUAAAUAUUUUAUCAUUUAUUUAUUUUCCUAACACUAUUAUUAGUUUUCUCCUGCCAUCUUUUAUCAUAUUUUUCUGUUUGUUGUUGUUGUUGGUUUCUUUCUGUACAUUAAAGCUGGCUUGUCGCUCCAUCCACCCUGUGACCUUUGACCCCUGAAUUUCUUUUUUUUUUUUUACUUUGGUUCUCCAGUGCCAGCCUUUUUCACUUUAAUUAUUUUUAUUAUUAUGCUACUCUCUUUAUUUUAUCAUCAUUGUUAUUUUAUUUGUUUGUAUUGGUGUGUGUGUGUGUGUGUUUUUACUCAACUCGACACUGUGCUCUGUGUGUUUUCAGGAAAUAAUUUAAGAACUUUAAGGUAACUUCUCAUCUUUGUGUUUAUUCCUGAUAGACAUCUAACCAGUCCGAGUAUUCCCCUUCAUUUUCUUCUUCUUUUGUCUCUUUUUGAUAUUAUUCGUGUCAUCAAAACCUUUUUAAUGUCUCAGUCAUUUUGCUGUGCACUCUGUACUUUCAGGGCUUUAUUUUAUUCGUCAGUUUUUUCUUUUCAUUUUUUUUUUUAUUCUAAGCCCCAAAGUGACACAUUUAGUCUCUGAAAAGUACUUUUUGUUGUAAAUAUAAAUUAAAUCUUUUUUUUUUUUACUGUAUCAGUAAUUUUUAUAAUCAUACCAUCACUUUAUUACUCUAAUUAAAAAGAAAAAAAAUCUUCAAAGAUGUAGCAGCCACAGAUUGUUUUCAGCGAAAUGUUUUCACUGCUCGCUGUUUGGUAGCAGUUUGUAUAGUUGAGUGCAAAAGUUUGUGCACCCUGAAAAGAAAAUGUGAUUUUUAUUUUUUUAAAUUGUUCCUUAGUCAUCACAAACUGGUGAAUUAGUGUGUGUUCAUAUAUUAAUUGUUAAAAAAAAAUUGGAAUGAUAUCAGUUAGAAUGUUUGUGUGAUACAAACUUCCACUUUCUUUUUUGGUGAUAUAUUCUUAAGUUACAUUUAUAAUGAUUCUUUUCCUUCAUAACGUCCUCUAACUGGACAAAUUCACAUCAAAACUUAUAUAUAAAACUUAUAUUUCCGUUUAUUUUCUGGCUCAUAUUUUGGAUUGUUGUCUUGUUGGAGACAGGUUACAUCAACAUUUUAUUCUUAAUGUUUUUGGAUUAUUUACCCCAGAUUAUUUGUAAAACAGGAAUUCUUCUUCUUUUCACUUUAAAUGGACAAGAAAGCAGUAAAAAAUCUAAAACAAAAAAACAACGUAUGCAAACUUUUGCACAGGACUUAUGAGUGUAUUAAGUCUUAUAAACUUGUAUACAACAUUAAAUAAACUGUGUUCAUCAGUCAUCUGGUUAAAACCUGAAAGUGAACGGAUCCAGGACACGUGACGCCGUGAAGAUUUUUACUUCGGUUAUUAUUUGAGGUUAUUGAACUGACUGUGGGUUUCGUUUAAGUUUGUAUUUCAGUGAAUUUUUGUAGAAAACAGUCUGCGAUGUACAAGUGUUAAUGUAACUGUCACACUGUGGGGUUGUUAUAAAGUGCCAUUAAUUAAUCAUCAGUUUAGUUUAUGUUCUCUGGCUGCGAAUAAACAACAUGGACAAAAUGUAAGAAGAGGAAUCCUGGGACUCCUCGACUCGGCUCACACAGUGCAUGAUGGGAAUUUCACCUUAUUGCUGUCCUGAUGUGGUGAAUAUGAGAGAGAGUGUUUGCGAGUGUUUAUUUGAUGCCUUCCUGUCUGUGUAAAUGCAUCACUCACCUGUUUUCUUUAUUUCCUGAGUGAUUGAUGUGUGUUUGGUGAAAAUGUAAUGACUCUGCCUUAAUAAAGUUCUUGUUCCUGUGGGUUUGUAA